UAAAAAGUUUCUCCUAAAAAUCAUAUGACUUUUUGGCUAACAUAAAGGCAAAAUAAACAAAAAAUACAUUAAGUUUGGCUUAUCAAAAUUUUUAGUAAUAGGAAAAUUCCCCAUAAAAUUUUAAAAUCAGAUAUGGCUAAUUGUGCAAUGCAUCGGCUACUCGAUAAUUGCGAAUUAUUUUUCAAAAUUCACAAAAGAUCGCUCAACUGUGCCGGAGAUAUGACGGAGAUGAUGGGCUUGGUUUUAGGAUUGUACAACGAGGACGCAGAUGUUCACGGGGAGCAGAAGACAUUCACAAAAUCUCUGACUAAUUAUGACAAAGGAGUGGAUCAUAGAUUGUCCGAAUUGUUGAAAGUGUCUGGGCCAGUUCCGAAAGCAGGCGAGGUGAGGAUAUUCUAUGGCUUAGAUCCUAAAUAUGCGGCCGUGGCAGUCGUCGGUCUAGGAGACGAAUGUGUCAGCUACAACGAAGACGAAGAAAUAGACGAAUGGAAGGAGGCUAUACGUACCGGGGCAGCUCAUGGGGUCCAAGCCCUUCAGCAUCUCCACAUGAGGACGAUUUCUGUCGAGGGAUUCUCUCACGCCGAAUCUUCAGCAGAAGGAGCCGCGAUGGGAGUAUGGAUGUACCAAGAGUUAAAAAACCCGUUGGAUCAAAAAAUUAUCCCGAGACUGGAACUGUACGACGACUGCGACUACACCGGUUGGCAGAUUGGUUUGCAGAAGGCUGCGGCUCAGAAUCUCGCUAGACAAAUGGCAGAAACACCGGCCAAUAUGCUCACACCUAUAACGUUCGCGCAAGCUGCUGUCGAAGUGUUAUGCAAAGCUGGAGUCAGUGUAGAAGUUAAGGUACGAAAUUGGUCAAAAAUCAUGAGAAUGGAAGCGUUUUUGAUGGCAGCGAGAGGAUCUUGCGAGCCUCCAAUAUUUUUAGAGACUAGUUAUUAUGGAUGCGACCCAGACGUGCAACCAGUUGUAUUAGUCGGAAAAGGGGUCACUUUCGACAGCGGUGGCCUCUGCUUAAAGUCGUGCCCAGAAAUGAAGAAUAUGAGGGGUGAGAUGUCGGGUGCGGCCGUCGUAGUCGCAGUCCUCAGGGCUGCUUCUGCCCUCCAGCUUCCCAUUAACAUUCGAGGCCUCGUGCCCCUCUACGAAAAUCUUCCGGGUUCUUGCGCCAUGAAGCCAGGAGACUUGAUAAGAGCGCAAAACGGUAAAACUAUAAUGGUCGAUUAUACUGAUUUCGACGGGAGGCUGGCUCUCGCCGAUGCACUUUCCUACGCGUCAGUCUACAACCCCAGGUUUGUCCUCGACGUCGGGACCUUAUCGAAAGAAAUGACAGACCUUUUGGGAGCUGCUGCUACAGGCUGUUUCAGCAACAAUGACCGACUAUUCGAAAACAUGAGGGUUGCCGCUAUGCACACGGGUGACAGGGUUUGGAGACUCCCUCUGUGGCAGCACUACACUUCAAAGGUGACGACGUCAGAUAUUUCGGAUGUCGUUGAUAAACAAAUAUACGGACUCCCCUGCGCCUGUGCUGGAUUCCUCAACGAAUUCGUCCCCGGGGUUGACUGGAUACAUUUGGACACCUACGGAGUCAACUUGUCUGCCGGAUAUAUGUAUCCGUACCUGAGAAAAGGCAUGUCCGGGAGACCAACGAGAACCAUAAUAGAAUUCCUAGCGCAGUUGGCCUGUGUCUCACAUCAAGAUGCUACGGAAGGAUAAGCGAGAGAUUUUGACCUAACUGGUACACAGCACACCGGCUUUUUGGAGUACAUAUUCAAAUUUCUCCAUUUAAUUUUAUUUGCCGACUAAAACUAUCAAUAUGGUUUUCUAUGAUAGUUACAAAAUUUACAUGUCAACUUUUAACUUUUACUUAUGUUUAAUGGCCCAUUAAAAUCUCUGAUUUUGCUUGUUUUUUAAUGAAA